CUGUGAGGAGCCCACACGCUGCCCGGCAAGCUCAGCCUGCAGGAUGACAGACAGUGACACAAACCUCCCAACUAUUGAGAGAAAGCUGGGACUGCAGAUAUGGAGCAUAGAGAAUAUGAAGAUGGUUCCUGUACCUGAGAAGGCUUAUGGGACUUUUUUUGAAGGGGACUGUUACAUCAUUCUGCACACCAAACGAACCUCUCGCGGCACCGCUGUGGAUUUGCAUUACUGGAUUGGCAAGGACUCAUCCCAGGAUGAGCAAGGUGCAGCAGCCAUGUAUGUCACCCAGCUGGACAAUGCCCUCAGAGGGAACCCCGUGCAGCACCGGGAAGUGCAGGGACACGAGUCUGAGACCUUCCAAAGCUACUUCCGAAACGGCAUCAUCUACAAGAAGGGAGGGGUGGCCUCCGGCUUCAAGCACGUGGAGACCAACAUGUACAACAUCAAACGCCUUCUUCAUGUCAAGGGGAAGAAGCACGUGUCAGCCACAGAGGUAGCACUUUCCUGGGACAGUUUCAAUAAGGGUGAUGUUUUCCUGCUGGACCUUGGGAAAGUGCUGAUUCAGUGGAACGGGCCCAGCUGCAGCAUUGCUGAGAAAACUAGGGGCCUGGCGCUGGCGCGGAGCAUCAGGGACAGCGAGAGGGGCGGGCGGGCGCAGAUCGGCAUCGUCGACAGCGAGAGGGACUCCCCGGACCUGAUGCAGAUCAUGAAGAUGGUGCUGGGCGAGAGGCGAGGGGAGCUGCGAGAUGCCAUCCCGGAUGCCAAAGCGGACGAGCUGCAGAAGGCAAACGUCCGGCUCUACCAUGUCUACGAGAAGGAAAAUGACCUGGUGGUACAGGAGAUAGCCACCCGGCCCCUGACACAGGAUCUGCUCCAGCAUGAGGACUGCUACAUUUUAGACCAAGGUGGCUUUAAGAUUUAUGUCUGGAGAGGAAAAGCCUCCAGCCUGGAAGAGAAAAAAGCAGCUUUCACUCGAGCUGUGGGCUUUAUCCAAGCCAAAGGCUACUCUUCAUCCACCAACAUUGAAGUCAUCAAUGAUGGAGCAGAGUCAGCCAUGUUUAAACAGCUGUUCCAGAGGUGGACAGAAAAGAAUGAAACCCAAGGACUGGGCAAAGUCUACACUACUGGCAAAAUUGCCAAGGUGGAGCAGGUGAAGUUUGACACCACUCAGCUCCAUGCCAGACCAGAGCUAGCUGCUGAGCAGAGGAUGGUGGAUGAUGCUUCCGGGGAGGUAGAGGUGUGGAGGAUUGAGGACUUGGAAAUGCAGCCAGUGAAUCCCAAGACAUACGGGCAGUUCUAUGGGGGUGAUUGCUACCUGGUGCUGUACACCUACCUGAGGUCAGGCAGGCCUCAUUAUGUCCUCUACAUGUGGCAGGGUCGCCAUGCCUCUGUGGAUGAGAUCACUGCCUGUGCCCUCAAUGCUGUUGAGCUGGACAAGAAGUACGGGGACGAGGCCGUGCAGGUGCGGGUGACCAUGGGCAAGGAGCCCACACACUUCCUGGCCAUCUUCAAGGGCAAGCUGAUCGUUUACGAGGGAGGCACGAGCCGGGCUCAGAGGAGCGCUCCGGAGCCAACCACCCGCCUCUUCCAGGUGAGGGGCACGGAUGAGAUGAACACAAGGACCACGGAGGUGCCAGCCCUUGCAAAAAAAGAUUGCUGCGUGCGGACCACCAGCCAAGUCUGCUACCUGUGGUGUGGGAAGGGAUGCAGUGGAGAUGAGAGAGAGAUGGCAAAAAUGGUGGCUGAUAUCGUUUCCAAGCGGGACAAGCACACCAUUUUGGAAGGACAAGAGCCAGCAGAGUUCUGGGAAGCCUUGGGAGGCAAAGCACCUUAUGCCAGUGAAAAAAGGUUUCAAGAGCCAACUGCACACUACCAGCCUCGCCUCUUCGAGUGCUCCAACCAGACGGGUCGAUUCAUCAUGACAGAGGUGGUGGGCUUCUGCCAGGAGGACUUGGAUGAAGAUGAUGUCAUGCUGUUGGACACGUGGGAAGAGAUUUUCCUCUGGGUUGGCAGAAACUCCAACACGUACGAGAGGAACGAGGCAAUUGCCUCGGCUAAGGAAUAUCUCAAGACCCAUCCAGCAGGGAGAGACUUGGCAACUCCAAUAAUCCUGGUAAAGCAGGGCUAUGAACCCCUCAACUUCACAGGAUGGUUCAACGCUUGGGACCCCUACAAAUGGAGUGAUGGCAAGUCCUACGAGGAGAUGAAGAACAGCUUGGGAGAUGUGUCGACCAUAUCAGAGAUCAAAGUGGACCUUAACAACAUCAGCCUGAACAAGAGAACCCUCAGCACGACCAACUUGGCUGGAUCAAGUGUGCCAAGUGCUUCCUCGGAGUAUAAAUCACACUCCAGCCACAGCAACAACUACAGCAACAACUACAGCAACAGCAGCAACCACAACAGCAGCCCUUCCCUCCUGCCCAACGGUGAAGGAGUUUACCCCCGGGAGGUGCUGAUGGGCAAGACAGUGGAUGAACUCCCAGAAGGCGUGGAUCCCACCAAGAAAGAGUACUAUCUCUCUGAUGCCGAUUUCUACGACAUCUUCGGGAAGUCCAAGGAUGAGUUCUACCAGAUGCCCAAAUGGAAGCAGCAGAAUGAGAAGAAGCAAUGUGGACUCUUCUGA